GAGGAAGUCGAAGAGUUGAUGGACUUUUUCCAGGCCAGUAAGAGGUACCACCUGAGCAAGAGAUUCGGCCACAGGGAGUACCUGGUGCAGAACAUGCAGUCGGCGGAGACCCGUGUGCAGGGCCUGCUGAGCGCUGCCGCUGCCCAGCUGACCCUCCUCAUCCAGAAACACGAGAGAGCAGGGUACCUGGAUGAAGAGCAGACGGAGGAGCUGAUGGAGCGGGCUCAGACGGAAGUCUUCUCCAUUAAACAGAAGUUGGACAACGACCUAAAGCAGGAAAAGAAAAAGCUCCACCAAAAAUUAAUAGUUAAGAGAAGACGAGAGAUGCUGCAAAAGCACAAGGAGCAGCGCAGGGAGCAGCUGUCCGUCGGGGAAGCCUUCCGAGCGGCCGAGGACGUGGGCCAGUACCUGGGCCAGUGGCGGAGCCUGGUGGCGGCCCAGGGCGCCGCCCUGGAGGAGCUGCAGGAGCGCCUGGACCAGGCGGCGCUGGACGAGCUCCGGGCGCUGACCCUGUCGCUGUUCGAGAAGGCCACGGAGGAGCUGCGGCGCCUGCAGAGCUCGGCGCUGACGCAGGAGCUGCUGAAGCGGGGCGUGCCCUGGCUCUUCCUGCAGCAGAUCCUGGAGGAGCACGCCCGGGAGCUGGCCGCCCGCGCCGAGCAGCUGGAGGCCGAGGAGCGGGGCCGGGACCAGGAGGGCGUCCGGAGCGUGCGGCAGAGGCUCAAGGACGACGCGCUGGAGGCCUCGGCGGAGGAGCAGGCGGAGCUGCGGCACUGGGGGCGCUGGGUCUUCCUGAGGCUCUGCGGCUCCCCCUUCUCCCUGUCCGAGGAGGAGCUGCUCCGGAUGCGGCAGGACGUGCACAGCUGCUUCGCUCAGAUGGACAGGAGCCUGGCCCUGCCCCGAAUCCGGGCCCGCGUCCUGCUGCAGCGGCUGCACACGGCCUGGCGGGAGGCAGAGUUCCUGAAGCUGGACCAGGCCCUGGCUGCCCCCGAGCUGCAGCCACAGGCCAAGGCGAGGAAGCCGCGCGCCAAGAGUAAAAGCAAGACCGACCUUCUGAGGAAGUGCAUUGAAGAUAAAAUCCAGCUCUUUGAUGGCCCGGCCCCGGAGGACCUGCUGGAAAAGGUCCGCGCCGAGCUGCUGCGGGAGCGGGUGCAGCAGCUGGAGGCCCAGGAGGGCCGCUUCGCCGAGUCCCUGGUCGCCCUGCAGUUCCAGAAGGCAGCCGGGGCGGCCCGGACGCUGUGGGCCUACACCGCCCUCCUGAGCGUCCAACACCUGCUCCUGGAGGAGCUGAGCGAGUCGGAGACGCUGACCAAGGCGGCCUGCGCCCAGAUCCUGGAGUCCCACAGCCCCGAGCUCCAGGAGCUGGAGAGGAAGCUGGAGGAGGAGCUGGCCCACCAGGAGGCGGCCCAGCGGCAGCGGGCCCUGGCCGGGCGGCAGCAGUGGGCAGAGGACGGGCCCGGGCUCCUGACGGAGCCUGAGGACGCGGAUUCCGAAGGGCAGGUCUCUGCGGCGCUGCGGCGGGCCCUGGGCCGGAGCCAGGAGCUCCUGGAGCGCCAGCAGCAGAGCCUGCGGGAGGAGCAGGAGCGCAGCGUGGUGCUCGAAGACCUGCUGGAGCGCAUGGAGGCGGACGCCUUCGUGGGCCUGUACAGCCAGGAGCUGCGGCUGGCCUCGUACCUGUCCAAGCUGACGAUGGUGCCCGCGGGCACGCUGCGCCGCCUCCUGAGCGUGGCUCUGCCCGCAGCCCCACAGCCUGAGCUGCUGGCCUUGCUGGAGUCGCUCAGCCAGAAGCAGCCGGACCCCGCGGCGGAGCAUGAUGGUGGCGGGGAGCAGGCCGACCUGGGCCGGAGGGGGAAGCACCAGGGCUGGUGGCAGGCCUUAGAAAGCAGGCUGCGCGGAGAACUGAGAAGCAGCGGCCUGGACAAGAUGCUGUGGGCGCGCCGGAGGAAGGAGAGCAUACUGAGGAAGACGUGCCCCCCUCUCAGAGAGCGGACGGUGUGCUCAGGGAAAGGGGGCUGGCCACACCUGUCCCUGGAGUCCAGCGGCGACCUGGUGCCCGUGCCCAUCGUCGGGGCAGAAGCCAUUGAUUUAUUGAACAUGGGCGAGAAGCUCUUUAUAUUCAGAAAUCCCGCGGAGCCGGAGAUCUCGCUGCGCGUUCCUCCCAGGAAGAAGAAGAACUUCCUGAAUGCCAAGAAGGCCGCCUGGGCCGCGGGCAUGGACUAGCCAGCAGGAAGGCGCCAGGGACUGAAGACGGGACGACGUGCUUUCUCCUCCCCACCUGUGUGGCUAUAGGGCACAGUCUGCAAAUGUCAACUGCAGGUGGCAGACACAGACACCCCGACAAACCCCGACUUUCAGGGACCCAGUUUGUUCUCAUGAAUUCCAAGAGGGCCCGUUCUCUUUGGAGGGACGCGGUGAGAGGGGACCAGCCGUGAGCACUUGGUCCCCGGACCCCGAGGGCCUGCGGUGACCAGCCCCCCUGCACGUCCCCCAGUGUCCGGCUGCGGAAAGGGCUGGGUGUGGAAGGCAAGGCUCUCUCUUCUUACAUAUUCUGUGUUUGUCGGGGGAAUUUUCAAGAAUAAAUGUAUUUUACACAA